AUCUUAAGAAUAUUUUUAUCACAGCAACUAAUAAAAUAUCGCAUAUUAAUGAUGAGGAAGUUGAAGAAGAAAUGUUAAAAUAUGUUGGAAAAGCGGGAUAUAGGAGAAUCACAGACAUUUUGCUUUUCAUUAUUCCAGAUCUU